AUGUUUGCCGGUAUAGGAGCAAUAGCUGCUCUAAAAACUCCAACGCCCCGAGACGGACCAAGGACAAUCCCACCACAGACACCUGUCGGAUUUCCCCAAUGUACGCCACAAGCGGGAGAUCAGCUUCCAUUUUCUUCAGGAACAGGCACACCACUGGUUGCCCUGCUACAGAAAAUCCACCGGCCAGCAGAUAUCAAGCUCGCUCACUUCGAAGCGCUCGGGCUUCACGUGAUACCUGAUUCUUCCCCGGAAGACAUAAUCCCAGAGGCUGGCUUCUUACCACCGGUCGAGGAAUGGAAUGCUAUCAGUACAGAUAAUCUACAAGAAGCCAACAAUGCAAGUAAAAAGCUCCUUAAUAACGGCAACCUCUCGCCCGGAGCCCAGACAUACCGAGAGCGUCAAAACGAGCUCUUGAUAGACAAUACCGCAGCCUUCCGUACCGUCAGGCGCAUCUCUCCCCCAUCAGGAGAAGCGGCUGUACGCUUGGGUAAUGCAUAUGAGUUCUUCAAGAACCUAGAAUUCUUCACCGGAUACUGGGAUGACACUUCGCUACCUCCCAAACCCGAGUCGACGUCUGAUGCUGUUGAAGACCAAGUACCCCGCCACUUGAAAACCCACCAACGGACCGGAUCAGGUGCCCAGCUCCCUCCAGACUACAGGCAACACCUCCUCACGGCCUUCAUCAAGCUCAUCUCCUACGACUUCGGCUGCAACGUCUCCUUCCCUCGUACCGAGCCACGUCUACACAUCAACCCCCCACCAACAUCCUCCUCGCCCCCCACUUACUUCAACUCCUCGGCGACCUUCGUCUAUCGCACCCCCACCGAUCGAGCAGCUGCGAGAUCCGGAAUCAUAGAGGGUCCCGUCGCAGCAGUAUCUUGCCGCAACAGCACCGUGUUUGCAACAGAAGCCGAAUCCCAACUUGAUCUCGCCAGAGAGGUUAUCGCAGUCUUGCUUACGGCGCAGCAGCGUGCUCGCGAAGGCAAGACGGAGAAACGCUUUGGGGAAGGGAAAUGGUGGACCACGAAACCGCGAUGGGGUGGUGGGCCAGGUGGGGCUAUGGGGAAGGAGGCUGACAAAGUCGAUGACCUGGGUGCUGUUGUCGGCGGCACGGUCCCUGAGAAGAUUGUGGGAGAGGAAAAAGGUGUUGCUGCUGAGGCGAAGAGAGCUAUUGGUGGUAUCAAUGGCCCGAGUCCGAAUAAACGCAGUAAGAAGGGAAAGGAGGGGAUAAAUUUUCAAAUCUAUGAUAGUUAUAGGAAGAUGCUGCCGCCGUCCUCUACGUGGGAUCGGAAAGCGAGGUAUUCGUCUAUUGGGAAGGCUGUUGGGCAAGGGUAUGAUGACAUCUUCCUGGUCAGCUCAUUGAACCACCAUGUCUCUAUUGUCAGAGUCAGGGUCCCGGACAAGCUGUUGAGCACCCUCGACGGUAAUGAGCAAGAGGAUUGGGGGAGGAUGAAUAUGUGGAGGAGUAAGUGGUAUGAUUUGUUCAUAGCAAAGGAGAGAGUGGAUGCUAUGCAAGUGGUGUGGGGGAUGAUUGCAUAUCUGAUGAGGAAAGUUGAAGAUCCUUCUACAGAAGUAGAUCAGAAAGAUACAGAGGGCGCGAAAUCGAAAUCCGAGAAGAUGGAUCUCAGCUAA